GUUCCUCUGCCCCUGCGGAACACGCUAUCUGCUAAACUCCUCAUAACAAACCACCACCUUCCCCUCCUCCAAACGGCAGCGGAAGAAGAAAGGACGAGGCUUUCGUUUCCUUUCUCCUUCUCCUCCUCCUCCUCUCCCCUCCUGCAUCGCCGUUUUCUUUCCGUGGGAACGGGGUCUGAUCUGUACAGGGUGGGGGGAAGCCGGGAGAUGGGCGGCCGUCGGAGGUUCCCGUUGUCGCGCCUGGAGGUGGCGGCGGCCACGGGGGUUUUGGCGAGCUACAUGUUGGGGCUCGUGGGGCUGUACCUGACGAUGCCCGCCUCUGACUAUCGCUUCCUUAAACUCCCUCGCACCCUCGAGGACCUCCGGAUCCUCAGGGAUCAUCUAGAAAGCUACACAAGCGACUACACUAUGCAGGUCUUGAUGUGCUACUUUACAGUUUACAUCUUUAUGCAGACCUUCAUGAUCCCAGGAACUGUGUUUAUGUCACUACUAGCUGGAGCCCUCUUUGGAGUUGCUGGAGGCAUGGUUUUGGUGAUUGUUGCUGCAACUGCCGGUGCCUCUUCCUGUUUUUUCCUGUCGAAGAUGAUAGGAAGGCCCCUGGUUUUCUCAUUGUGGCCAGAAAAGCUGACUUUUUUCCAGGCUCAGGUUGCAAAACGAAGAGAGAAGUUGUUUAACUACCUGCUGUUCCUUCGAGUCACGCCGACACUGCCGAACACAUUCAUUAACAUGGCUUCUCCCAUAGUCAAUGUGCCCUACCGUGUUUUCUUCUUAGCUACUUCAAUUGGGCUCAUCCCUGCAGCAUACGUCACCGUGCGGGCAGGAACAGCUCUUGGUGAAUUAAAGUCGGUGGCCGACCUGUAUGAUUUCCAAUCAAUAGCUACAAUCUUCUUCAUAGGAAUUGUUACAUUGACACCUACAUUUUUAAGCAAGGGUCAGAAGUGAAGUGCAUGAUCUCAGUUGGAAACAAUCAUUCCUUGGAUGCAAAGUUAUCUGAUCAUCCAUCUGUGUAUUUCAACUUCAGUAGAAGACCAUUCUCUUCCAAUCCUCAUAGAAGACUCGAUCUUCAGUGGCAAUAGCCAACAUGGGUUUUGCUUGGAGUCAAUUCUCUGAUGCUAUGCUAUGUUUGCUCAGUUGACCCAACUUAUCUGAACAACUUCUGAUGCUCGCUUCUACUGAACAUGUAAUCAAAUAAAUCAGCCAUUCCUUCUGUGACCUGCCACAUUAAAUGAUUAAGAAACAUCUGUUGAGUGCUA